AUGGCCAUAAAAUUAUUUUCCAUCAUAUUUUUUAUCGAAACAGUAAAUUGUCAAUUUCAAUGUAAAUUUGAUCGUCCAAUAUUAGGAGAAUAUUAUUCAUAUGAAAAUGGUCUUGAAACUCAUACAUCAUUUAAAAAAAAUGGUAAUAUCGAUCGACUUUUUUAUCGUCGUGAAUCCGGCCGUGGUGCUACUGCUAAUAUAAUAACAGUUCUUGAUAAUCAUGCACUUGGUGAAUGUGUUUAUCUUAAUUGGAAAGAAAAUCCUUUUCGACAUGUUUCCAAACAUCAUUAUCAACUUAUUUAUCGAGACAAAACAAAAUCUUGUUAUCAAUGUUUUGAAAUAUAUAAUCGAACACAUAAUAUUCUUCAAAUACGAAAAAGUGAAUGUGAUGAAGUAACAUCAAUAUCUACAAAUCAAAUGAAUAUACAAGAUCUUUGUUUAACAAUUAAUGAAGAAGCUGAAUUUGAUACUUUAUUUUUAAAAACUUAUUCAGCUGAAGAAUGUCGUGCAACAAUUUAUGGAACAUAUCAUUUUACAUAUGAAUUUCGUGAAGGUGGUAUUGGUAUUUGUGAUAAUUCAAUAUCACGUUUAGUUUCUUGUCCUGAUCCUGGCACUCCAUUCGACGCUGUUAAUGAACGUUUUUGGAUGACAUAUGGUUAUUGUCGUAAUCUUGUUUCAUCCAUUGAUGCUCAACCACUUUAUCAAUGUUUGGGUCAUUGGUUUAAUGAAAAAGGAGAUAUUUUUACUGCCAUUGCCAAUGAACGUGUUGGAUCCGAACGUUGGUAUGAUAAAUUUCGUUGUAUGUUAACGCGGCAAGAUCAACCACAAUGGUUUGCGAAAUCUUUAUUUGCUGAAUGUGCUCGACUUUAUUCACCAACUGAUGGUCCAGAAAAAGUUAUUAUAACACCAAUUAUUCCAGAAGUUCCAACUGCAACUUGUUUUUUUCCCGAUAAUUUUACUGGUGAAUGGAUUAAUACAGCUAAUGUUAAUGCAAGAACAAUUAUUAAUGCAACACAUAUACAUGAAAUAGCACGAGUUAAUAAUCGUGGUUGGUUAAGAGAAACUUAUUAUAUUUGUCAACAAACAUCUCGUAGUCAAUAUUUAGUUAAAGCUGUUACAACAGGAGAAUGUUUUUCAUAUUAUAUUUGUUUUGAUUUCAAGGAUCGUCAUCAUAAUAUAUUAAGAUAUAGAAAAUCAAAAUCAUUCAUGUCAAAUGUUUAUGAUGACCUAUCGAAAAGAGAUCCACUUUAUGAAGUUUGUUCAUGGAUUAGUUUUGGUAAUGAUGCCAAUUGGAAAUAUCAAGUUUUAGCUUUGGAUCCACCGGCACCUAUUGAAUGUCCAUUUACGGGUAUGUGGACAUUUAAACAAGUCGGACAAUCAAAUUCAUUAAUUCAAACACGAAUUCGUGGUGGAAUAACACCACGACCACGUGAUCAUGGUUGGUAUAUAACAUGUGAUCCAAAAUAUAUGGUGUCACAAUGGACAAUUUGUAAAGAUGAUACCAAAGCAAUGUUAGCUGAUCGAGAAUAUUGUCGACAGUCAGAUCCAUAUGGAACACCAAUUGGUGUUUACGAACAAGCCGAUUAUAUUUAUCAAUGUGCUGGUUAUUGGAGAGAAGAUUCUCGUUCAUAUUUAAUAACAUAUGAUCGUGAUGAUCCAUAUAUUAAUUUUAAAUGUUGGGUUUAUGAAAGAAUAGAUUAUGACAAAAUAUAUCUUUCAAGAUCAGCUGGAUCAUUUUGUGGUUUUAAUCAAACAUCUCAAAGUUAUCAAGCAAAAGAUGGCGCUGAUUUAAAAAUUGAACUUGAAGAAGCUGAACGCAUUCAUGAUGAUUGUCCAAUUCGAUAUGAUGAUGGUCGAAAUCCUUGGCAAAUCAUUGACGAAUUUUUAUUUUAUUAUGCUUCAGGAUCAAUAGUAUUUCCUUCAUAUUAUCUCAUUAUUUCAGUCAUUCUCACAGUUUUCUAA